GGCUGCGCAAGUCACUGUGCUUUACGCAGUCCAAAACAUGCUAUUUGUACAGCAAUACCGAAGGCGAACGCAAGUUAUUACUUUUUCAUUGGAUAGAUCACAUUAUGAAUUUGAUCACUUGGGCUUCGUGGGCAACGUGUGAUAUCUGUUCAUUUCUUAAAAUAGCGUGUUUUCAUGACAAAGUACACCCAAGACUCCAUAACUCCGCCACUACUAGUGAAGUUGCAGUGAAGUUUAAACACCAAAAACGGACAUAAAGCCACUUUGUUCGUGUUUCUGUGAACGUUGGGUUAUUUAAUUUAUCAGAUAACUUGUUUGUGCAUCCAAACUUGGUUUCGUUAUUCACAUAUUUUAGCAUACACGAGAGCAGAAAACACAAACGAGCUGCUUGUAGAGACAAAGAGUCGGAGAGCUCGCUUGGUUGAAUCUCUACGGCUCUCAUGUUGAGUUUAAGUCCUGCCCACUGGCUCAUCCUGUUAUUCAUUCUGUGGAAACACUGAAAGACAAACGCAACAAGAAUGGCAGAGACUGCUCCAGCACCCGCUGCCGCACCGGCAAAAUCACCCAAGAAGAAGGCACCCAGGCCCAAGAAGACUGGCCCAAGUGUCGGCGAGUUGAUUGUGAAAGCAAUCGCUGCCUCCAAGGAGAAGAAGGGAGUGUCCCUUGCCGCUCUGAAGAAGGCGCUCGCAGCUGGCGGAUACGAUGUAGAGAAGAACAAGGCUCGUGUCAAAGUGGCAGUCCGAGCACUGGUCACCAAAGGCACACUUGUUCACACGAAAGGAGUCGGUGCGUCCGGAUCCUUCAAGUUAGCCAAGAAGGCGGCAGAACCCAAGAAGAAGACAGUCAAGAAGCCAGCGGCCAAAAAGCCAGCUGCCAAGAAGCCCAAGAAGGCAGCAGCCAAAAAGCCAGCCGCUGCCAAGAAGGCCGCCAAAAGCCCGAAGAAGGCUAAGAAGCCCGCCGCCCCCAAGAAGGCUACCAAGAGCCCCAAGAAGGCAAAGAAGCCCGCGGCUCCCAAGAAGGCAGCAAAGAGCCCGAAGAAGGCUAAGGCAGCCAAGCCCAAGGCAGCUAAGCCCAAAGCAGCUAAGCCCAAGAAGGCAGCACCCAAGAAGGCAGCCCCCAAGAAGAAGUAAAUACAUUUAUGGCUGCUGUCACAAACAAAAGGCUCUUUUCAGAGCCACCCAAUUUCCUCAUUAAUUGCACAUGUCCCAAUGAAAUGCGCGCACCAAGUACUGUCUCCAAGUUUGGCAUGAGUGAACGAGCGGUCUGUUGCCAAGCAUGAUUUGCGCCCCCCCCCCUUCAACAAACGUCAUUGUUUCUAAAAUCACGGAAGCCCCUCAAGUCCUUGCCGCUGCUGCCAUAAGGAUAAGCCAGCCAGCUAUACAUGACUGAACCCAGCCUGAUGCUCACAGUGACCGUUUAGUUAUGAACAUGCAUGUGAGCGUACAUCUCCUAACACAUCUGUACAAGCACAUAACAUGUUAAUUAUCAUAUAGUUUCAAGCACAUAGCAUGUUAAUUAUCAUAUAGGUUCAAGUUUAUUUAGCCGUAUCAUAUACCUUCUGUCUGUCUUUAUUGGACACUUUGGAAAGACGCGCAAUGAACGACUGACUACAGCUGUUUGUUUCUAUUUGGAUUAGAAACAAGUUGCAACAGUUGUAUACAAUAUAGAAGGACUUAUAUGUGUAAUUACU